AUGGCCCUUGCAUUCAUGACGCUGGCGGUCUUUGCCGUGCCGGGCCCGGAUCCCGUCGACGAGUUUGUCAGAUUCAUCUCCCUCGAUGUCGAUGCUCUUUUUGUCUUUGCUCUCGGCGGCUCUUUUCUCUCGUUCGAGAGCCCUAUCCUAUCCUAUCCUAUCCUAUCCCGGCUUCCCUUUGGCGAGCGAGACGCCACGGCCUGUCAGCAUGAGCAAAGCCGUCGAUUCGAACUUCCGAAAGCUCAGCUCUUGUUGGCCCUGUGA